AUGGUACAUUACAUGGACGUGAGGGGCGCGUGGGAUUGGCAGGAGUGCGAGUGCUGCUUCGACCGCGCAGUGAGCUACCGAGCAGAGCGCGCGCUGGGCAUAGUCCGCCUGGCAGAAUUCCGUUCCGACCUUCGCGACCAGCUUCCCAGCUCCAUCCCCCUUGCGCCCCAGGACCAACCAUCCAGCGCCAUCGUUGAGUACUCAGCACGAGCACCCAUGAAGGCUUUGGAGCCUCUCGAGAGUUGGCCGCCCCAGCGGCUGUUCGGCUUUAAGUGUGCUGUGGCGCCGAUUCGCUGUGCCGAGGCGAUGAUUCUCGAGUGGAUGGCGGAGCCUCGUGUGGGCGUGCUCGUGGACCUGGGGAGGAUCAGAUCCCGCCUGCCUGCCAUACUGACCGCUUAUUCGGAAAUCGUGGCGGAGAUGGGGGCGGGCAGGCAGGCUAAGAACGACUGCUUUGCGUCCGUGCUGGUGCAGGUGCUGGGGGUGAAGGAGAGUGGUGACCUGCAGGAAGGGUUUGGGUGCUUCGUGCAGCACCUUCUCUCAGGCGGGCUGGAGGAGGCGCAUUCCAAGGGGAGGGGGGGAGCGGGGGGAAGGGGUGAUUCUGGUGGGGGGAGUGGCGGAGGGGAACCGAAGCAUAGAAGCGAGGCGAGCAGAGGGGAAGAGAGGCGCAGCAGCGAGGCGGCUAAUGGGGCUGCUGGGGCGCGUGGCAGAGGGGGGAAGAAUGGGCAGUGGAGGGAGAAUCUAAAGGGGCGUGUGUGGGAGAGGUAUGUGGAUGGCAUGGCAUGGAUUCUGGCGCAUGGAAGGGGGGAAGUGAGGGAGUUUCGAUGCAGCCACUGCAGUGAGGGGGGCAGCAAUAAUGGCGGUGACGUGCAGGGGAAUGGUAUUCCCAAGGGCAUGUAUGUGAGUGGGGUGGGCGCCACGGAUUUCGCCCUUGCGUUUGCCGCAGAGCUGUCUAAAUCAGAGAGCUGCGCUGAGGCGUGUAUGUACAUAUUCGAUGGGAACAAUGCCAACAAGGCGCGGGUGGAAGAGGCUGCAAUCGAGGCAGCUAGAAGCAGGCUGAGAAGAGGGGUUGGUGGAACGGGCGGAAUAUGGGGUUUAAGGGGAACAGGAGGAGAGGGGACAGCAGCAGACACGAGUGGGGCAGCAGCAAGCUCAAGUGGGGCAGCAGCUAAGACCAGUGGCAGUGGGGCAUCAGCUAACUCCAAUGGCAGUGGGGCGACAGCUAACACCAGUGGGGGAGCAGCAGACACGAGCAGGACAGCAGAAGCAUCGGCAGUGGGGGAUGCAUCUGCUGCCCGUGCUUCUGCUUCAGCUGAAACCUGGCCUUCUGCUACAAGACAAUAUGGCACUUGCGCCAGCUACACUGCUGGCCUCGUGCUUGUAAACGCAAGUUCUGUCCUCGCAGCCUUCACAUACCGAGUUGCCCGCAUCUUACAGCUCGGCGCCAUCCCCAAGCCUCUGGAUGACGCUAAUUUCCCUAUGGAGUGGAAGGAAUGGCCACAGGGCGAUGAAGCUGCUGGGAAGCUUCCUGAUGAUCGUGAAGCGAGAUUCUUUCAGCUGGGUAUUGUGGAGGAGAGUGCGACGGGGGUGGGGAGUAAGCAGGGUCGACUCAAAAGUCACCUGGUGGUGAGUCCACCGGCAUGCGCCUACUGCAUCCACUGCUACCGCGGCUACACGUGCACCAUCCCAUCCAUCGCCCUCAUUGCCAAGUUCGCCUACCGCCCUCUGCACGUCCUCUUCAACCGCUUUCUAUCCGUCUUCCCGCCGCACUCCGCUGGGUUUGACACUCUUGUGGAGGUCAUGGGGUUGUGGCCGGCGCCGCUUCCAUCCUGCGCGCCUGGGUCUGUCGGUCUGGCGAGGAUGCGUGGUGAGAUAGAGGGGCAGGGGGUUGCGUUCCUGCUGCUCGUGGCCCUCAUGUGGCCGGCUUCCCUUCUGGAUGUGGAGCAGUUUGAGGGAGUACGGCUGCUGGAAGGGGACGGGAUUCGAAGUAGGUGCGGUGCUGCGGGGUGUGGGAGGGAGGAGGGUGGCGGUGUGAAGCUGAGGAGCUGCGGUGGGUGUGGCAAGGUGGCGUAUUGCAGCAGAGAGUGCCAAAAGGCGCACUGGCCCUCUCACAAGCUCUCAUGCCCCGGCAGGACCAGUGGCAAGAAGAGAAGAGAAGAUGGGAGGAGGGAUGGUGGCAGGAACAGUAGCAGCGAUGGUGGCAGCAACAAUGGUAAGGUGAGUGGUAAGGUGAGUGGUAAGGUGAGUGGUAAGGUGAGUGGUAAGGUGAGUGGUAAGGUGAGUGGUAAGGUGAGUGGUAAGGUGGGUGUAGGGGUGAGUGGUAAGGUGAGUGGUAAGGUGAGUGGUAAGGUGAGUGGUAAGGUGAGUAGUAAGGUGAGUGGUAAGGCGAGUGGUAAGGCGAGUGGUAAGGCGAGUGGUAAGGCGAGUGGUAAGGCGAGUGGUAAGGUGAGUGGUAAGGUGAUGAACCUUGCCAAUCUUCUUGGAAGUGUAAGGGUGUAG